CUGUGAGGGGAGCAAGGGUUGCCUCUGUCUGUUCUCUUAAUCCCUAAAUCUUCUGUAAUCAGGAUGACAUGUUGCCUGAUUUAGGACUGCACAAUCUAUGUUGGGACUUGGCUGGAGGGCUGGCUGCUCGGACGUUCCUAACAGGCCAUUACAAGACAUGGAGGGAGCGGGCAGAGUAGAGCUGCAGACAGUUUGGGGAACUUCAACUUAACCACUUUCUCACAAGAGAAGGAGCCCUGUACAACAAAAUGUUCAAAAAGAGAGAAAAAAGAAGAGGACUUUCUGUGGUUGGAUUCUUUUAGGAUGAGAAUGGUGUGCAGCAGAAAAGAGACUCUGUGAUCCGGACAGAAGGGGGGACUUCAUGGCCUCAACGAGCGACGACCCCCACUUGGGCGCUGGCCCAUCUGAGUAUUCAGAGAUCUCCCCGGAUGAUUCCGACUUUGGAAGUGUCUUUUCUGAUGACUCAGUGCUUCCCAACUUUGAGAGAGAUGACAAGUAUGCAGAGCCACCUAGAACACUCUAUGAAGCAUGUGCUCGGAAUGAUCCCACAUCCCUGCAGAGGAUCUUGGAGAGAGGCGUUACCAAGGAAGAGGCCAUGGAGUUGGACAUUAACAGUAGGACUGGACUGAUGGUGGCAGUGUGCAAAGGAUUUGUGGACAUUGUCACCAGGCUGCAUGUGUGUCCUCUAAUAGACAUAAACCACCAAGACAGUGAUGGCAACACUGCCCUGAUGAUAGCUGCCCAGGCUGGCUUCUCCACUAUUCUAAACUACAUUAUGAACUACUACUCUGGUGUAGACACUGAGGUCAGGGAUCCUCGCGGCUUCACAGCCCUCAUCAAAGCUGGCCUGCAGGGCAGAGAAGACUGUGUGUCGGCCCUGCUAAUGCAUGGUGCAGAUAUGAAUGCAAUGGACUAUGUCCAGGGACGUGGCCUGAAGGAUUGGGUCUUAAGAACCGGACGAUUUGAGACAAUGAACAGAAUACGGCGACUGCACGCUCUUCCUGUCGCUCAACAGUUUUGCGAGAACUACACUCCUGAGUGGCCUGAGCUCGAGCAGAUGGUGGCAAAGGCUGUUGCCGCCAAAACAACAGGUCAGAAACUGAGACAGCGCUUAAAGGAGAGCUUCAGUUUCAGCUUCCCUCAGGACCCCCAAGACAAUGGAGUCAUGGACCACAUGGUGCGCAUGACUACAAGCAUCCACAGCCCCCUCAUAGCCACCGGCUGUCAUCCACUGUGUCCUAGUAGCCCUCCUGAAAUUGGCAAACGACGCUUUGCUGUUCCCGAAUUACUCGACAAGCACGGCAACAAAGAGCUAGAGGAGAGCACCGUGUCGCACAGUAACGGCGCCAUCACCUCCUCCUCUCCCACCGCUGCAUCAGCUGCCUCUGUAUCACUGACCUCCUGCUGUCAGGAGUCAAACCGUAGGGAGAGCAUGCCACCUGGCGGAAUGAGAGGCUUCAUUCCCCGCAGCGUGGCUCACAGGAACAGCAUCUUCCCCUCCGGUUGCGUCCCUAAAAUUGAAGUGACCAGAUCUGGUGAGCCUACGCCAAAGAAAGAAAAGAAGAAGAAAAGGCAGAAGGGCUACCUGGAGCCUCCUGUAUGGAAAUACAAGGAGGUCAAGGAGGAGAAAAGGCAAGAAAAGAAGCAAAAGGACAAGCAGCAAGACAGAAUGUCCAAUGGGUCUAAACAAAAAGAAUCAACAUAAUACCAAAUAUGUAUGUUUUCUUCAUUCACUGUGGUCAGGUGACAGGACAUUAUUGAUGCUGUGACCUUACAGACUAUUUUAACACAAAGCCGCUUGCGCAAAUAUGCAAUAUUGACUGAACUUUGCUAUUACUCAUUUUUGUAAUGUAGUUGCAUGGAAUUACAGUUGACUCAUUUAACAUAGUUACAGUGGUGUGAAAAAGUGUUUGAUUUCUUAUUUAUUUUGUAUUUCUUUCUUAUUUUUUGCAUGUUUGUCACAGAUAUAUUUCAGAUCAUCAAACAAAUUGAAAUAUUAGCCGAUGACAACACAACUGAACACAAAAUGCAGUUUUUAAAUGAAACCUUUUAUUAUUAAGGGAAAAAAAAAUCUCACAUGGCCCUGCGUGAAAAAAUGGUUGGCCCCUAAACUUAAUAACUGGUUGGGCCACCCUUAGCAGCAACAACUUCAAUCAAGCGUUUGCGAUAACUUGCAAUGUGUCUCUUACAGCACGGUGGAGGAAUUCUGACUCACUCAUAUUUUUGUAAUGCAGGAACAUUGGAGAGUUUUUGAGCAUGAACCGCCUUUUUAAGGUCAUGUCACGGCAUCUCAAUAGGAUUCAGGUCAGGACUUUGACUAGGCCACUCCAAAGUCUUCAUUUGCUUUUUUUUCAGCCAUUGAAAGGGACUUUUCACACAGGGUCAUGUAGGUUUAGAUUUUUUUUUUUGUCUAUAAUAAAGUUUCAUUUAAAAACUGCAUUUUGUAUUCAGUUGUGUUGGCAUUGACUCAUAUUGAAUUUUGUUUGAUCUGAAAUAUUCAAGUGUGACAAACAUGCAAAAAAUAAGAAAUCAGGAAGGGGGCAAACACUUUCCCACCACUGCAUACAUUGGGAACAAAAGAAAGGUCAUCAAGGUAAAGCAAUACAAUAGACUUGUGUGCCUGCUUGUUAAAAAUUUGAACUUGUAUGUCCCUGUAGCAGGUCUGUGCCACGUUACACCAAAUUACUUUUACAGUAAGUGUAUUCCUUUUGCACAACCAUGUGACCCCUAAUAAUUAGGACAGAGUUUGAGCACUUUUAAUUUCCAAUUGUAAAUGGUUUUACUUCUGCAAAAUGUCACAUGCUGUAAUUGAACCUACAUAUACGUUUUGACUAUCUCUCUGUAUGUAAUAUGGAGCUGCCAGAUGUACCAGAUGCUCCAUAUUUUAGGUAUUUGUAGACCACAUGGGCAAAAGUACUAAGACAUACCUCAAUGAAUUACUAAAAAUAGGUUCAGCUGGACUCAUCACUUCUCCUUGUGUCUCAGUUCCUCAUCUUACCAAAACACAUUGUGAACCGUUAUAUGCUUCCAACUUGGUAAACAAAGUAAAGUCCACAAGUGUGCUUGUAUGAGUUUGGAUGGAAAGAACUUGAGAGCCCUGACCUCAACCACUCAGCUGAACUACAGGCCAAUUGACUUCAGGAAAGCGAUCACUCCCAUUAAAGACACAAGCAAUAAUUUCAAAUAUCAGUCAGAUUGUGUUUCUUCCUCUCGCUAAAAAUAUUGGUGUGUUGAGCGUGAUUACAUAAUACACACACAGCCCAGCAAUGUAAUGUUCCUGGAACAAAACUACAGUCAUCCCUCGUUUAUCACUGUUAAUUGGUUCCAGACCCGACCAUGACAGGUGAAUUUUCGCAAAGUAGGAUUCCUUAUUUAUAAAUGGAAUAUUUUCGUAGUUACAGCAUAAAAAAACUGUUUACAACCUUCUAUAUGGGUUUUCACAUUAUUAGCGCCUUCUAGAUGUGAAAUGGCACCCAUAUAGUCACCUUUACACUUGUAUUACCCAAUAUAGUAGACAGAAAAUGAGCCAUUUAACACAAAUAAGACAUAACAUAGACUCACACGUUAGUAUUAGGAGAGUCACAUUAUACUUGUAUUUCCUUAGGUAGCCAUUGUCAUGUAAUUAGGGCUGUCAAAGUUAACGCGUUAUGUUUUAACAGCACUUUUUUGAUAAACAAUUAAUAUGCACACAACCUGUUUGACCUUAGUUUGAGGAAACACAGCGGCGUGGCAGCUGAUGUGAAGCCAAAAGAGGGAACAAAAUAUUGAGCAGAAAUGGGCAAAGAAAAGGGUAUUUUGAAUGAUAAGUUCAGCUUCACAGUCCUGGCAGAUGCCUCUCUCAGCAAAACCAAAGUUAUUUGGGUCGCUGUGACUCGAGUUGUCACGAAGUACGUCACCGGGAAGAAGAGAGACGUUACUAGUGCACUGCAGGGUUUGUUUUUUUUUUAAUUGUCAUUAAUAUAGUGGUACCGUGGCAUACCAGUGUCCCAACUAACGAGUGUUUUUUUAGAUGCGAACUGUCUCUGGGCUGAUUUUUUCUUUGAACUGCUAGCUAAAAUUUGGGCUAGGAGCUACUAGUUACGGGCAGGCAUAGCCGAGGACAGCUAUUUGGGGCUUGUAUCAAUGACAAUACAUCUAAAUAGCAUUAGCUCUCGCUGGCGUUACUCCUGGGAAAUAUUUCAAAACACACGUAACAUACUUACAUUAUAGCAUUCUGAUUUAUCUUAUGUAUUGUGCAAAACAAAUAUGUACAUUAGCACUCAGUAAGGUCCUCAAAUGUUACCUUUAUGCAUUCCCAGAUAGUAUCAGCAGUUGUGACCAAAUAUGAGGUGAAAGAAAAAACGGAAAAAUACAGUAAAUUAGUCUUAUCUGUGCAUCGUGGGAGACAUGUGCAAAGUUAAAUGGUGCAUUCAAGGACCGUGGAACGAAGUGUAACAAGUCGCCGUUCGCAUGCAAACAUUGUGGGAUUUCUAACUAUAUAUUUUUUUUUUUAAUGAAACAAUGACCCAUAUUUCCAAAAUGUGUAUCCCCAUUACAAAAAAUGGAUGUAGUUUAUAAAUGAUUUUAUUUUUAAUUUUUGUGUUUUUUUUAAUCAUUGCACCUGAAUGUUUGCUACAGCGUGGUGGUUGGGGACCCCUGAGAGCAUGCGUAGCGGUAUGAUGUGCUCUGUUACACAUUUGAAAAUACUGUAAGCCUGUAUGACACUUUUCUACAAUUGGCUUCUUUAUUUUAUAAUGUAAGAAUAACGCUACAUCAACAAAUGUAAUCGUUGAAUCAUAUCGAAUGGAAUUGUAUCAUCUGUACACUAUAUAGAUUUGUUCUGUUUUUUAAAUGUUUUUUUAAUCAUAUCUGAACACAUGUAUCUAGAUGCGUAUGGAAGUGUUUACCACAAAGAGAUUUACAUCCCUACUUAUUUUAGAUAAAAGCUUCUUUCUAUCUGCAA